GAUCUCCGCAAUCUGUUCAAUCCAGUGUUUAUUUAUUCUUUGAACGACGUGAUCUUUGGGAAAAGAGUUUUUGAGAAACACUUGGGAGAAUAGGAAGAGGAGAAAUGGUCAGGUCAACUCAGAUCGCGAGGAUAGAUGGCCUCAUGUUGGCAGCUUCUGUGGAUGACGACCAGGCGGAAAAUGAAUUGGCGCAAGUCAAGUCCCAAGCAAAGAUGAUCUUCAGACGCUUGAGUCGCAACUCUGCGCCAGAAGCCAGUAUUGAGUCUGGACAAUAUACACUCCACUACCUCAUCAAAGAUGACGUUUGCUUCCUAUGCAUCUGCGACAAAUCAUAUCCACGGAAACUCGCGUUUACAUAUCUCGCCGAUAUAGCCACCGAAUUUACAACAACAUACUCCUCCCAGCAAUACAAUUCCCCAAACCUGCGACCAUAUGCCUUUGUCGAGUUUGACACAUUCAUCCAACGAACCAAGGGGACCUAUCAGAAUAGUCGCGCAGCUGCAAAUCUCGAUAAGCUCAAUGACGAGCUCCGUGACGUGACCAAAGUCAUGACGAAGAAUAUUGAAGACCUAUUAUAUCGAGGUGAUAGCCUUGAGCGUAUGGGUGAAAUGUCCGGGAGGUUAAGAGAGGAUAGCAUGAAAUAUCGCAAAGCAGCUGUCCGUAUCAACUGGGAGCUCUUGAUGAAACAGGUAGAUGGAAUGCACCAAACGAUGUGACGUGGAACGAGGCUAACAUUUUCCCAGUACGGUCCGUUUGCUGCAGUUGGAUUCAUCAUGUUGUUUUUCAUUUGGUGGCGCUUCUUUUAAUUGAUACCCGUGCCCUUACCCCUGAAUAACAACCCCUUCGUAUAGAUAUAUGACUUUUGAUGAUCCGUAUGCAUAGCGACGGUGGUGAGCUUAUGCGAUGCGCUUUCGCUCUGAUGUUUCGAAAUACUGAAAUUGUAACCACCAGUUGAUCUGUAUUAAUAGUAUUAAUGAACCUGCUUAUUCAAAUUUCAUCCUCUUCCUCAUCAAAGUCAUCUUCCUCUCCCAUAUCAUAUAAGAUCCGACCACCUUCUCCAGGACCAUCGCCGGAUUGAGCGUCGAAGUACGGUAGAACAACACCCUCUCUAUCGCGGCGCUGGCGUUCCGUAAGCUUCAAUUCAAAGGUAGACCCUGGCUCUGUCUGCUCUGGUGCGCCCACAUCCUCGUCCGGCCGUCGGUACAGAGGAUGAUCUUCUAGCAACGUGAUGACCUCCUUGACUUCUUCGGUCGAAUAGCGACCUGCAGGCGGCAUAAAGUACCACUCAACAACCCCGCGUCCGCUUUUCCUCCGA